AUGGCUUUGCUGAGUAUGGUUCUUCUCUCUCUAACUGGCGGCGCUGCUCUCGUGUUGUUAGAUCAUUAUUUCGGUCCCAUGAUCAGUUCAAGAAUCCCACAUUAUUCAGACCGCGAUCAUCAAGAAACUCCGUUCAACGUCCAAGAUUUCUUGCCGGAAACCAGGAGCAUUGAAACGGUGGUGUUUGAAUAUAAUCACCUUCUUCACGUCCCUCGUGAGAUAACACGGCGGCCUGUGAGGGUGUGGGAGAUGCCGUUUUCGGAGGUGGUAGGUGGGAAGGCGACGACGGUGAGUUGCAGUGGCUGCGUGGUGUGCUUGGAGGAGUUUGGAGAGAAGGAGAUUUGCGCGGUUCUUCCUGUCUGCCGACAUGUUUACCACCCUGAUUGUCUCCAACAAUGGUUUCUCCGACAAAGCACCUGCCCUCUUUGUCGAAGGUCUCUGUAA